AAUGGAAACUGAAUGAAACUUGACCACACCCGCGGAACUCCGAAGGGCUCAAAUAUAAUCAUUUUACUUAGGUAAUGUUUUACGCACGUGACUCUAGUUCUGCAAUUACCUCUAAAGAAUAUAUACCGCUUUUCUUUUGAAUAUACAGUCGCGCCUUCAACUUGUUAUGUAAUGAAGGCUACUCUAAGUCGAAGCAGAGUGACUGCCAGUGCCACAGCUAUAACAGAGCAGAAAUCCUGCCAAGGCUUCGUGCUUCCGUAAAGUAAUAUACUCUCCUAAGGCAGUAAAUUAGAGUAAGUCUUCCGGUAGCCCAAGGCAGCACCCAAAGAUAGUUUACAAUAAAUGUAAAACUACAGCCAAAAGCAAAAGUGAACAAGGGCUGAAGGUCACUGCUUCAAGAAACACUUUGUCAGUUGUUAGUUGUCUUAACUAGUUUCUCAUUACUUUUUGUGAUACAGAUUUAGAGGUCAGUGCGUGCAGCAAUGGAUAAGUUUCGGAGCGUCCUGAACCUGAGCAUGCAGCAGCAGAAGACCUUGGGCAUGGGCAUGCUCGCGCUGCUGACAGUAGGAGGGGAGCACCUCUUCUCAGUCGUUGUCUUCCAGUGCCCGUGCAGCUCGUGGAACUUCUGCUACGGCAUGGUCUUCCUUCUCGUGCCAGCCCUCAUCUUUUUCGUGAUUGGUUACUUGCUGAGCGCACGCACCUGGAAGCUCCUCACCGGCUGCUGUGUCCGCUCUGGUGGCUGCUUUGGUAGAAGGCGAAGGAACUGUCCACGUUGUUUGUACGUGUUCUUCCUCACCACUGUGGAAGCGUCAGUGGUGCCCUUUACCUGGAUUUCGGUGGCUCUCCUUAAUGGAACUUAUUAUGAAUGUGCUAUGACUGGCUUUGAUAGUAAAUUUUACCGUGACAGCGUGUGCACAGGCAGGCCAGAGGAAUGUGUGGACAAUCUAAGCAGCUUUCCAUGCAAAAGGACCACUUCUUCACUGACAGCUCCUGUCAUAGACGAUGUGUUAAAGCACAUUCGUGCACAAGCGCAGGUUCUUGGAUGGAUUCUGAUAGCUUGCAUAGCUACACUGGCAUUACUGAUCACGUGUAUUUCCCGUUGUCGCUCUCCUGUCAGUUUUGCACAGCUUAAAUUUUGGGGAACCUACUUGGAAGAAGAAUGUCGCCUGCUACAAAGCAAAAGUCAGCAACAUGCCAAGCAGCUGGCAGAAAGGAAUAUAACAAGCUUCUUUGACUUCAAAGAACCAGAACCUUUUGAGACUCCAACUAACAAACAAUGGGAGCAGAUCUCCCUACUGUAUUCUUUUAAUCCGAAGGGACAGUACUACAGCAUGAUUCAUAAAUAUGUUGAAAGUGGAUCCCAAAGAAAUCACAGCAUUCGAUCAGUAGAAGGUGAUGUGCCUCCUCCGUCUGCACUGGAGUUUAUUGAUGCAGUUAAUGUUUCCAGCAGUGGAAUAUGAACAAGUGAGCUCUGACAGGGCAGACUCAUAAGUACAGUGGACAAGUGUUGCCAUGAUUCCACGUAUGAAGAAGAAGAGCGGUCGCUUUCCAUUUCAAUAUUUUUGCAUAUUUGUGGAAAACAGAAUUCAUUUUUAAUGCUGUAUUAUUUAUAUUAUUUUCUGUUUUAGUGCUGUAUGUGUGUAAAUUAAACAUUGUUCCUCUUCAUAUUUAGAUGUUAUACAAGUUUUUCAUUUCUUCAUUGCAGAGACAGUACUCCAUCUUGCCUGAUCAAACAUUUGUG